AUGAGUGCUCCUUUGUCCAAGGAACUCCGUGAGAAGCACAGCGUUCGUUCCAUUCCUGUCCGUAAGGAUGAUGAGGUUAUGGUUGUCCGCGGUACUUACAAGGGCCGUGAGGGUAAGAUUGUCCAAGUCUACCGUAAGAAGUGGGUUAUCCACAUUGACCGUGUCUCUCGCGAGAAGGUUAACGGUGCCACUGCCCCUAUUGGUAUCUCUCCCUCCAAGGUUGUUGUUACCAACCUCAAGUUGGACAAGUCUCGUCUCGCUAUCCUUGAACGCAAGGGUAAGAAGGAUGCCAUGAAGCAAUAA